UGUUUUUGGGCAAGUCUUUUUAUCUGUUGGUAAGACCUCGUCAUUAUUUACAUCGGCGAGGGGAGAAAAAACAACCGGAACUUCCGGUAGAUCGAAACGGAAGUAGGUACGUGGCUGCUUCAGCUGACAGUCUACAUGAUGGCGACAGAGGUUCAGAGCGGCGACCUCGACAGCGCUACUUCUAGCCGGCUCGAAGUUUCCAUCGAUGGCCUCACCCUCACUCCGGACCCGGAGGGCGAGCAGAGCCAGGCCGAAGAACCGGAGUCCAUACCCACGGAACCCAGCAGAGAUAAGCCGGGCGGCGCUGAAGGCGAAGAUGGAGAGACUGCCAAAUGUGCGAUAGAGAGGAAAUGGGGCUUUCCUCUGCUGGAGCUGUACGGAAUGGCCCUUAAAUUUUUUAAAGAUAAAGAUGGAAAGGCCUUCCACCCGACUUAUGAGGAGAAGCUUCGACUGGUGGCUCUGCACAAACAGGUGUUACUCGGUCCUUACAAUCCCGAUGCUUCACCAGAGGUCGGCUUCUUUGAUGUCCUGGGCAACGACCGCAGGAAAGAGUGGGCUUCACUGGGUAACAUGGAGAAGGACGAUGCCAUGGUGGAGUUUGUCAAGCUACUUAACAAAUGCUGUAACCUCUUUGCCCCAUACGUCACAUCACACAAGAUCGAAAGGGAGGAGCAGGAGAGGAAAAGGAGAGAAGAAGAAGAACGUCUAAGGCGGGAAGAGGAAGAAAGGGAGCGACAGAGGCUGGAGGAAGAGAGACGGAGGCUUGAGGAGGAGGAACGGCUUAGAAGAGAGGAAGAAGAAAGGAGGCAGGCGGAAGAGGAGAGGCUACGGAUUGAGCAGCAGAAACAACAGAUAAUGGCAGCAUUAAAUGCGCAGACAGCGGUGCAGUUCCAACAGUACGCUGCUCAGCAGUACCCAAACAGUCCUGAGCAGCAGAUGAGCCUCAUCCGUCAGCUGCAGGAGCAGCACUAUCAGCAGUACAUGCAGCAGCUCUACCAGGUCCAGUUGGCCCAGCAACAGGCGGCCUUACAGAAGCAGCAGCAGUCUGAUUCAAUGGUGCAGGGCACCCUAGAAUCUAGCAGCUUCCACACAGGUGAACCCAUCCCCGCCUCCUCAGCAGGACCAUUGUGUGCUGCUGCUUUACCACAGACUGGAGAAGAAGCUCCAACAAUCAAUGGAGGCCAGUCAGACUCUUACUCAGAGAGUAUGGAUCGGGAGCCAGAGCCUGAGCCGGCAGAAGAGGUCUCCGAGAAUGGGCCUUUAUUAGCAGAAUCCCCACCAGUCAUAGCUGCUCCUUCCAUGUGGACACGGCCACAGAUCAAGGACUUCAAGGAGAAAAUCCGUCAGGACGCAGACAGCGUGAUCACGGUGGGGCGCGGCGAGGUGGUGACGGUGCGUGUUCCCACUCAUGAAGACGGCUCGUACCUGUUCUGGGAGUUUGCUACAGACUAUUACGACAUCGGCUUUGGGGUCUUCUUCGAGUGGACGGACGCAGCCUCUGCUUCAGUCAGCGUGCACGUGUCAGAGUCCAGUGAUGAGGAUGAAGAUGAUGAAGGUGAGCCAACCAGUGAGGAAGAGAAGGCCAAGAAGGAGGCAGGGAAACCUCAGGUGGAUGAGAUUGUACCGGUUUACCGGAGGGACUGUCAUGAGGAGGUGUACGCUGGCAGCCACCAGUACCCAGGUCGCGGAGUCUACCUGCUCAAGUUCGACAACUCCUACUCACUCUGGCGCUCCAAGAGUGUUUACUACAGAGUCUACUAUACCAGAUAAGCCUGAAUACAGACACAAGGGGAGCCAAGGAGUGUGUAUGUUCGCAUAUAUAAAUAUAUGUAUGUACGUGUGUGUGUUUGUGAGGGGGGGAGGGUGAAGAUUUGUGUGAAGGCAGCCUGUAUUUGUGUGUAUGUGUGCGUGUGUGCGAAGGAGGAAACUACCAGAUUUAUUCUGGAUUAAACCACCAGAGGGAGACAAAGAGACACAUCUGGAGUCCUAGUCUGGAGACUCGACUAAUAUGUAUUUACUGUAUGUGUACGCGUGACCCAAGAUGCACCCAUGCUAGUUCCCGUUAUCGAGCCCUUGGAAGAGGAGUGCGUAUACCUGUUGUAUAUUCACCACCUGUCCUUGCUGCACUCACACCAAGCUGUAGGACUUUGCUCUCAUGAUAUAUUUCACCAGUUUCCUCCCCUGGGCUCCACUUCAGUCACCAAAGCCCGGCCCAGCACUGUCCGACACGGUGGCAUUGCGGCUGCUUGUGCUCCGAGUGAUGCUAUCAUAACCACAAGUGGAAACUUGGUGGCUCCACGAGCCUAUGUUUCCCUUUCUUUCCUUUCUUUUUCUGUUUGUUUGCUUUAUUGGGAGUGGAAAAGGUGGUUGUUUAUCCCACGAGAACACAGAGGACAAUGUUAGAAAUCCAUUUAUUAUUAAAGAUGUGCUUCAUAACACUAUGCCUUUUACUCUGAGAUCUUCUGGUCUUUGCCAAGUCGUGUUCACUCAUUUAAACAGCUGGGUUCUCAAACCCGCUCAUCCUUUUUGUUGUCACAGUGGUCUGGCACCCCUUUUCCAAAGCCACCGUACCUGUAUGAAGAUCUGAGAGGAUUGUGAAGUGGAACGAGUGGUGUUUUUCAUCUUCUUCUCGCAAACAUUCUGUUUCUUAUACUUAUUUCGAGAGUCAGGUUACAACAGCAGGGUGUGUGUUUUUUUUAAACUUGCAUCAUUUAUGAAGGACCGGCAAGAAGUCAUUCAGUAACAUGGGUGUUGAAGGAGGGUGUGCAAAACAUCAUUCACAUGGUAAUUUAUGGCUGUAAGCCUUAUCGCCCGCAGAAGCGUCGCAUUGUAAGAAGUAUAAAAGUCAAAUCGGUGUAGGAGUAAUUUCCGUUCUCCCACAAAUGUUUUCCGUUUGAGUUUUUUUUUUUUUUUUUUUUUUUUUUUUUUUUUUUAUUAAAGUUGCUCGUUGACAGUUCCUCAUCAUAUGUGUCGUUCACCACUUGUUAAUUAAAGACUCACAAAAAAGAAAGAGCUAGUGUUGUCAAUGUUAGCAGGGGGAUUUGUUUUAUCAUUCCUGUUUUCCUGUUCAGAGCUCUGACACGCACAUAACAAUAAACUUUAAAAAAAUCAACUAACCACCCUUCUUCUUUUUUUUUUUUUUUUUUUUUUUUUUUUUAGGUCAUGACACACUGUUACAUCUGUGUAGAAAAUCCACAACACAAAACGCUGUUUUGUUUACUUUUUUCCUUUCUUCUUCUUUGAGUUGUCAUCUCAAGCAUUGUGAAUAUUAAAAAAAAAGAAAAAAAAAAAAGAGGUGAAUAUAAUUGUGUUCUGCGUGACAUGGUUGCUUACUAACAUCUAAAUGUUUUUUUUGUUUUUUUUAAUUUUAAUAUUAUUACUGAAAAUGUAAAAUUUAGAUUCAUUCUGUUCUUCAGCUAUACAUGACAUAUGUGCCCAACAUCUGGGUGUGUUGUGAGCAUUGCUGUAUGAACUGUGCUCUCUGAAUCAAAGUGAUUGUCGAACGUGGCAAGUGGGCGACAAGGACGUUUGAUUUCACUUUAUCACACUUUAGGUUUUUUGUGUGUGUGUGUGUGUGUGUGUAAAUGCAAAGCAACUUUAAAGACCGAGGCGGAGUAUCUUGCAAGCCAGUUAACCCUCCAGUGUUUGCAGAGCAUCAUUAUUUAAUGACUCCUGCCUCCAAAUCCAGUCAGUCAUUUGUGCAACAGAAUGUCACUACUUGCGGCUCACACAAGCCCUAAAAUUCAAGAAAGUCCCCGUAACCUCAAAUGUGAUGUUUUUUGUUUUUCUUAAGUUUGUGGCUCAUCAAAGGGUUUGAUUUGAGAUGUUUAAGCCUUGUAUGUAAAUAAUUCUAUAAAUGAUGUUUAUGUAUGGGUUUUUAAAUGUGGAAGAAGGCUGUGGGUUUUUGCGAAUCAAUGCACUAUAAUAUGACACGUGCAUUUUACCCCGAAUGAAAGUCCAAAACUUGUAGGAAGUACGAGACUCCCUUAACAUAAAAUUUCAUAUUUUUUUUUGUAUUGUUUUAAUGUUUGGAUCUCUUAUGAUUUGCAAGAUCUUUUGGGCAUAUAUUUAAUCUUGAUUAAACGUAUCUUCAUCUCUA